AUGUCGCUUCGAUACAUCGUCGCCGGCACCGCGGUGGUGCGCGACCCGCUCGAUACGCGUCAUCCUCCUCCAUCGACGACACCCACGCUCCCUCUCCCUGCCACCUUGGCACACCACCUGCUGACCCACAAACACGUCCGAUCGCCGCAGGCUGCCGGUGCGUACUACGCCCCCGCCGCGUACAAAGUUUACGAGGCCGAGUCGGCGGUGACCGCCGCCGAAGACGCCCUGCACGCGCUCAACGCCAGGAUCAAGUCGUACGAUACCGACAUCGCUCGCGCCAAGUCGGCCGUCACCAGGGGGCUGGAGGACAUCAACGCCACGAGGUCCGCCGCGGCGAGGGCCGCCGAGGAGGUCGUCGCCGCGCGCAAGGCGGUUGCGGCGGCGCAGGCCAGGCUGGACGAGAAGAUGGCCGCGCAGCGCAAGCUCUCGCUCGCUGCGGAGGCCAUCCAGCUGGACGUGGACAAGGCCCGGGGCGUCGUGGAGAGGAAGACGGCGGAGAAGGAGGCGUCCGCGGUGGAGCUCGUGAGGGCGACGAUGGAGGUGGAGCGGACGAGGGCGGCGGCGGCCAAGGCGGCGACACAGAUUUCGCUCCCGCCGGUGUUCACCCGAUGA